UCGUGUACCUUAGUCACCGAGAGAGCUGGCUUAUUAGGCGGGAACCGCACGUGAAAAGGGCAGAGGAGCGAAAUCUCGCAAGGAUGUUGCGCAUGUUCAACUCACGUCUUCCUCCAGACUGUUGUUUGAUAGGUUGUACCACAGAAAGAAUCCUGUCGAGGGAGAAUGACGAAAGCACAGGGAACCCGGGACUUGAACACAAGCGCUCCGGUCACAGCCUAGUGUUCUUGCCUUAUAUGGAAGGCGUGUCGUAUCGUCAUGUCUAUAUAAGGCACACCAAGCUAGCGCACGGCCAGACCUGGGCCGAGCUGUUCGGCAUAGAGCAAGGAACGCCUGUCAAAUUAGCGUUAGUGACGGCGCUUGCACACAGUAGGGAUUACAUACCACAUGUUGCCGCAGCCAUUCGUCGCACAUACGGUCCCAGGGUCGUCAUCCUCGGUGCGGUGGCGCAUGACCGUUUAUUCAUCGAUGGCCUGGUAAAGAAGGCACGGGUUACCGCGCUCUUUAUUUCCGGUGACAACUUUCGCGCAUGCGCAAAAUUUGUCAAUAACGAUCGGGACUCGAACUUCUACGAGCGCAUCAACUCGGUGAUUUCCGAGUCGACUACGGACGGCUACGAGCAGCAGCUAAGUAUCCUCAUAACAUCUCGAUUCAUCAGCCGAGGCAACGCGUUUUACGUCAAUUCGCUUACGGCUUUCCGAGAACCGUUCUCGGAAGCGCCUGUUCUUGGACUUUAUUCGUUCGGGGAAUUUUGCCUUGGUGCAACGGACGUUGGAAAGACAAGACCUAAUGCAUGUAAGCGCUUCAUGAAACAUAACGCAGUUGUAUUCUGUGCAUGCUCAUUUAAAAAGCCCCAUACAGGACGCACUGUUCAGCGGUAACAUUAUGGAUUUGGUUAGCGGUAGUAUGGAUUUCUAGGAAAUGGUUAGAAUGGGAAAAUUUAGAUUUUAAUUGACGAGAAUAUUUAGAAUAAAAUAUAUCAUCGCAACAUUGUUAGGUCAAUUUAAUUUAUGUUAACCAUGAAGUACAUUGAUUAAAUAAAAGUUAAGAUCAACUUC